AUGCUUUUGGAUCUACCGUUAGAAAUCCAAAUGAAGCUACUAUAUAUGGUACCCCACUCGAAUCUAAAAUACACCAAUUCACAUUUUUACAUCUUGUAUAACGACUUGUUCUACCAUAAAAUCGUUAAUUCGUUUGGCGAAGACACAUUAGCAGUGAUUGUUAAAGUUUUACCAUGCAGGUUGGAACUUGUUGAUCUGCUAAAUGAGGCAGCUACAGAAGAAGAAGAAGAAGAAGAUGAUGAUGAUGAUAGGGGAAGAGCAGGUGGUGAUGAUGGGGAAAGAGCAGCAGGUGGUGAUGGUGGUGGUAUUGAUCAAAACCCAUUAAACACCCAAUAUAUAAAAGAUUCCUGGAAAUACAUCUAUUCCAUUUUCAAAAAUAAGAGAUUGUUUGCAGAGUACUCUGAUUACAAGAUUGACGAACCAUCAAACUAUGUAUAUAACCAUUUUGUUGAAAUCAACCGUACCUAUUUGCUAAGCUAUACCAAGCACGUCUGGCUAGCACCCGGCACAUAUAACUUGAAUUUAGGAUUAGCGAUUAAAUAUGGUAAUGGGUUAGGUACAACGAAAUUUGAAGUUAAAUACAAUGUCGACAAUGAAGAGAAUUUCAGCGCUGAAGCAGAGAGUUUCGAUUCUAGCAGUGUUAACGUCAAACUGUUCUACCCACCUACUAAUAUAAAUGAGAUUUUGCCCAAGAAUCAAUUUUGUUUUUUGAAAAUCGGACAAUUUGUAGUUCCACCUCGGAAACAAGUUAUCAAACAAAGAGGUGGUGGUAAUGUAAAAGAGUCCAGAAAUAAUAAACUACGCAAGAUUGAAAUUAAAAUGGAAGAAAUUGGUCUCUACUUAAAAAGUGGGUUUAGAAUAUAUUUCAUUGAUAUAAGUCAACCAUCCCUACUUCAUGACGAGUUUGACCUACUAUAUUAUACUAUUAAUGAAACGAAUUACAAAUUAUUUAUCAAUAUUUUAUUAAAGAAUCUUUACAAGGCAAUCAAUUAUGUUCAAAACGGCGGGUGUUCAGAUAACGCAAGUGUCUCAUGUGCACCCAGUGCUUAUGGCACAGGGGAUCCAUAUCAAAUAUGGAACCAAUACGAUAAGUCAUUCCUCAAGGAGUAUACCUCAAGCUCGGUUCCAAACUCGAGUUCCAAUUCGUCUAGUUCUAUUUCUUCACUUCAAUCCUCGAUUUUACCACACCGUCAUUCAAUUUUCAAGUAUGAUUUGAAGAAAUUAGAGAAUUACGCUAAAGUGUUUUUUGCCGCAACUAAAGAUCUUAGACGGUAUUUCAAGUUUAGUACAAUUUAUCAACAGCGUCAAUUUAUCAAUAGAUUUGGUGACUAUCAACUAGAUUGGGAAGAGGAAAAUGUGCAAACUUCUGACAAGCUAGGUGGUGUACGUGGAGAUCAUGACGAUCAUGAUGAUAAUGAGAGGGAUGAGGAGGAAAAGGAGAACAAAGAAGCAAUAGAGCUGGGAAAAAAACUCAUUGAGGAAGAAGAAGAUAAUGAAGACAAUGAUGGAAUUGGCAAUGCUGAGAAGAAACGGAAACGAAGCAAGAUAGUGGAGCAAAACUUAGUAGCUGCCACCGACACUUACUCGCUCUGUUUGAUAGUGGAGCAAAACUUAGUAGCUGCCACCGACACUUACUCGCUCUGUUUGAUAGUGGAGCAAAACUUAGUAGCUGCCACCGACACUUACUCGCUCUGUUUGAUAGUGGAGCAAAACUUAGUAGCUGCCACCGACACUUACUCGCUCUGUUUGAUAGUGGAGCAAAACUUAGUAGCUGCCACCGACACUUACUCGCUCUGUUUGAUAGUGGAGCAAAACUUAGUAGCUGCCACCGACACUUACUUGGUCUGCUUUAGCCCAAGCGAGGCAUUUAAAACUCGCCAAAAAUGA